AUGGGCGCCGCCGAGGCUCUGCACGCGGGCCCUCCGGCUUUCCGAAGUCCUCUGGGCGCCCAGCAACUGCACAUUCGCGACCUGUCGAGAGUCAAGAAGAUAUCCAGGGAGGCGGUCCACCCCGUUUACGGUCAAGUUGAGCGGACCAUCUUGGCUCUCUAUGGCAUCAUACGCAACAAGUCAGCUGGCAUAAGAAGGUCACCGACCCGGCCAUUGUUGCGAGGUGGAAGGCCGAGCUACGUACGAGCUGCUCUCGGCCCUCGCCAGAACACGGAGGAAGAGGACGCACCGCUUGAUGUAACGCUGUGGGAAGGCCGCUUGGCGGAACUUGCCGCAACCGUUAAGGACGAACCCUCUACAUUUGGAGGAACAGCGCUGGAAUUUGCGGCCGAUUUCGAGAACGUUGGCGACGCGGACAAGGAUUGGCAUCCCGAAACGAACGAACAAGUUUUGGAUCUCGUUCAUCCGUCCCUCUACUGCUUGGAAGAUGGGAAAAGCAAAGCCUUGCGCGCCGAGACGAUUCAAUCUUUUGCCGAUUCUCUACGUUUCAUCAAUACAGGAGACGUGCUGCCAGUAAAACUUUCGACAAUCGAGGCCUAUGAUUUUCAAUGGCUGCCGACCGAUGUCAACAUCACCUACAAUGCCGACGCCGCAGGUAACCGCGUGCAGUGCAAGUUCCAAUCCUACAUCAACAACAUCCACCCGGCUCGAACAGCCGCGUACGAUGCUCCACAUGUUAUUUACCUUGGCACCAAGUGGCAAGUCAUCGUCAAAAUGGCUAACAUCGAGCUCACGCCCGAGAAACCGGGCUAUCCCGGGGGAUCAUUGCAUCUCGAAGGCACGGCACGCGAAGACAUCGUUGCAACCGGGAUCUACUACUACUCCAUCGACAACAUCACCACCUCGCGCCUGUCCUUCCAAUCUGCAUUUGACUCCGAAGAGGGGGUCAAUUGGGACUAUGAACAAGACGACCACGUGGAGAUCAACGAGAUCCUUGGAGUCCUCAACCACUAA